AUCUGGUUUUAGAGAGAGAAAAAUGAAGAAAUAAGAUAACCUGUUACAAAAUGGGUUAAUAACCAUAAAUAGGGGUUCAGAUUUUAUUUCCACUACGACUACCUCUCACUUGAUUGGUAGAGAUAGUGGAAGUCAAAUCUGAACCUCCCCAUAAUCACCUUACGCCAUUGUGUUUCAGACUGACAUUCCAGUAUCUAGAAUUUCUUGGUGUGAACAAGUGGCAAAGAGAUAAAAAGUAAGGUGUAGUCAUUCUGUUCUGUGUGAAUUAUUAAAAUUUUGUUAAUAAUCAACUAAGAAAUAUAUUUAUUUGUAUAGAGGCCGCACUGCCUUGCAUCUUGCUGUAGAACAUGGACAUAUUGAGCUGAUCAAAUAUCUUGUAAAACAAAAGGUUAGACUAGAAAAUUUACAGAGGUGCCCAAGGUAACACAACCAUUCCAGUCACCCUCAAAGUUCUAUAAAUCAUAAGCUUGUUAGUGUACUCAAUAAAUUUACCAGUGGUUUAUUGUUGCUUAAGUCAAUUAAUGCACUACUUAGGAGAAUAAUAUCACAAUAAAAUUGGGAGUCAUUCUAGAACGUUUGGAAAAUAUUUGUGUACGCAUUGUGUACCCAUUUUUUACUAAAGGAUGUUGAUCUGCACAUGAAAGACAGCAAAAACAGAACAGCAAUGCAUGAGGCAGUUCUUCAAGCCAACAGGUAAUUUCACACCAUAUCAUAUACCAUACCACACCCACAACACUGUAUAGUACUGCACCAUACCACACAACACUAUACCAGGAUUAUAACAUGAUAGUUCUUCAUACCAUAUCACACUAUACCAUACCAUACCAUACCAUACUACAUCAUACCAUACCACAUCAAAAUGUACCACACCUUACCAUACCACACCAAAACAUACUCUUCAUACCAUACCAUACCAUACCAUACCACAUCAUCCAUACCACACUAUACCAUAUUACAUCAUACCAUACCACACCAUACCAUAUUACAUCAUACCAUACCACACUAUACCAUACCAUAUUACAUCAUACCAUACCACACUUUACCAUACCAUAUUAAAUCAUACCACACUAUACCAUGCCAUAUUACAUCAUACCAUACCACACUAUACCAUACCAUAUUACAUCAUACCAUACCACACUAUACCAUACCAUAUUACAUCAUACCACACUAUACCAUACCACACUAUACCAUACCAUAUUACAUCAUACUAUACCACACCACUUAUAUUUACUAAACCAUUGCACCAUUCACAUUUUUCCAAAUCAAUUUCAACCUCUCAGAAAGACACACGAUUGUAUACAACAAAUGUAUUACAUUUUUUCUCACUCUAUCUUCAGAGACGUUUGUUGGAUACUGGAAAGUAAAAGCGAGGACAGUUUGUUAAACGAUCAAGAUUCAGAUGGGAAGACACCGAUUGAUUACGCCACCUCGGGAAAACAUAGCUUAGCGUAAGUUUCUAGGAAACAUGGCCAGGAAAACGGUUUCAUGGUUUCCCCAUUCUUGAGAAAAAAUUGGAUAGCAACAAUUUUUCCACAAAAAUGUUCUCUCAAAGUUUAUUGAAUGAAAAAGGAAAAAAGGGUUGUGAGAUCACUACUAGUCUUUACUCACCAAAAAAAAUUUUGUAAGUUUUCGUAUACCUACCCCUGGCCAAUACAUUUCUACGCAUUUUUAGACUGACAAGAGCUCUACGACGGUGGCAAAGAAUGCGUGGAGCAAACGGAAAACUCGAUGUCCCCAGUGUCUCGUGGUUUAUGCCUCUCAUUACUCCGUCAGCAAGCACUCUACUUAUCGCAUUAAAUAUUUGGUAUUUUAACUCGCGUGUGGUGAUGACCUGUUUUAAUUUAGUGAUAUUUUUCUACGCCUAUUUCUAUGCGAUGAGACCGCAUCGACUUUGGCAUAUAUCGCGAGCUCCAAACACUGGUUUGGCAGGAUGGUUCUUUGGUUCAGUUAUCCUUAGUUUGCUCAUUUAUUUCACCGUUCUUUUACCCAGUAUCCUUUUAAGGUUGUGGUCGCGUGAAUAUUCCGAUUGUCAACAUGUGUGCUGAAGAGUUCUUCGGCUACGCGUUUCCACUAUAUCGGGAUAGCUUUCCAUAGAGGCGCGAAAAAGCACCUAUCCGAUACGGAAUGUACAACUUUCAGAAGCUGAGUGAAACAACAUCUCUUUGUUGCAAUAAUUCCUCUGAAAAUAGCGUUCCUAAAAGGUACGGAUAGGCGUUUUUUCACGUCGCUACGGAAAACUAUCCGUUACAGUAUAAACGUAACCUUACACUGACUUUAUCAAACACUGUAGCUUGUAGGUUCUUUCUGGGACCAAUAAAAGACGACCCAUAAAACGAUGUUGAAAUAUAUGUUGGUCUUAACUAGCUCGUAGAAAUUUGGCCCGAUUAUGGGUACACAGUAUUUUCUUUGUUGAUGGUUGCUCUGUUUGCGGUAUCAUUGAGGUGAGCUGGUCCAUUCUAUACACUUGUGCUAUUAUAAAACAUGCGAUGUAUCGGAAAAUGUGAUGGCAUCUGUUCUAAUUUAUAUUUCUACAGGAGUGUUUAUGCAGACCCUGGGAUUAGCGACGACACAAAAUUUGACACAGACGGGAAUCCAAUGGUAAGUAGGCUCACAAAAGGUGGUGUAUAUUUUUCAGAGGGUACACCCCUCUGCCACUAUCACAUAUCAAUAUCAUGACGAUUUCAGUAUACACUGUUUGAUGCUCGCUGUUUCGGGGAGAGGUGUGAAGAAAUUCAGAGAGUGCGCCCUCCCCCACCCACCCACAUCCAUCACUGUAAGGUACAGUAAGAAAUUCGUUGUGUCACUUCUCUCUUUGAGUUUAUUGAUCCGAUUUUUUCCCAGGGUAUAAUAGAUGUAGUCAGUGCUCGAAUACGAUCGUGUCAAUACUGCUCUAGGUGCAAGGUAUGUAUACUGUAUGUAAUUUAAUUAUUUUCUUUUGGGGCUUGUUGCUAGCAACGCUAAUGCCACUCAAAGACAAGCAGCUGGAUAGCUCUGUCAGUUCUAAACUGUUCCCCCUACAGGUCCAGCAAGGAAUAUGCCCUAUUGACCCUGUGUUAACACACGAAAGAACUGGAAUACCCGGUGAAAACGGUAUUCUCAAUGGGAAAACUGUAUUCACACAUUUGAAUCAAAACCAAGCAAUUUAUUGUAUUAUAACUGUUUUGUUUUGUUUCAUCUAUAGACAGCUUAUCCGUGGAGAACGAAGCACUGUCGACUGUGCGAUUGUUGUUACAAAGGCUUGGACCAUCACUGUUUGUUUCUGAUGACGUGUAUUGCUAUUAAUAAUCAUGGCGCAUUUCUGGCGAUGAUUUUCUCCGUUUUUAUAGCUCAGUUCUCUUAUGUGAGAGGAGCUCUGAUUUGUAAGUUAUAUUAUAUGCAUUUCUUUUUAAAUAAAUUGAAAUGGUAAUUGGUAUUCAACUCUACGAGUUGACCAGGAAGUAUUAAGUAAAUCAAUGCAACCCCAUUACAUUCACGAUACAUAUCACCAUACUUAUUUCGCUAGUCAACUGUAAUGAAACAUUUUGUAGUGUUAAAAUUUAAUAUGCAACAUUUUCUUCAGAUUUUUGGUCGUUUAGUCAAAGUCAUUCGGACAUGUCUUACUUGGUAUGUUCAACACCGAACUAUUUUCUGUGUUUAGUCUUUGAAGAGAAGAAAUGCAUUGUACUUUUGUAAUUAUGAUAUUCUGCUUUCAGAACGUUUUAGGAACAGAGCCACUGAUAUCAGUAUAUUUCGCUGUCAAUCUCUUAGGUUUAUGGUGGACAUUUACGGUACGAUUUUUAGCGCAUAAAUUCCACUUGCUAGAAUCUUCUGGACCCGGGGAGAAGAACCCCACAAAUAGGUAAUCCGGCAAGCUUCACAUCCCCCCCCCCCUCCCCCAUACUCUAGGUAGAAUUCUUGAAGGUUUUUUCAUCCAGACCAUCAUAUCUUGUCUUUAUUUAAAAUCAACACUACGACAUAUAAAAUUUCUAAAUCUGCUUCCCUCUCUAGCUUCUCUUGUUUCAAAUUAAAGUUAUUUCUGAGGGAGGAACCACGUGUUUUCUACAAAAUGGCGAACUACGAACAAGGUACUCUGUUAAAAAUAAUUCACAGCCGGGAUGGUGGGAUUUUUAUGCAUUAAAAUUAUUUUGAUCGUUUUAGGAUGGAUUGUAUUCACGCUUCCGGAACCAUAGGAGAGCUGACUAUCGGUCAUAGAUUAAGACAUCUCAAACAGUUUCUACAAUAUUACUACUUACCUUCCAUGAGUAAGGAGAAUACGACCCAUCACCGUAGACUGCAGCAGGUCUGAAGGGAUGAAUUACAGUCUCGUACAUCACUGCAAUUAGUGGUGCAACAUAUUCACCCAGUGGAAACGUAGCCCGUGUACCACAACAAGUGAACAAACACUACCAGUUCAAAGCCAGCAACACACCAAGACGUGCCCUCGAUAGCUGACUUCGUCGCAUAAAUAGACUAAAUACUCGACGACAACAAGUUAAAUGUUAGUUCCUGGUUGCCUUCAUUAGAGAACUUGGUUCCAAUAACGAUGUACUGUACGGUUUACACUCGUUUGCAUAAAAUGAAUAUGAAACUUUACUUCAAUCUUCAUAACAAUUUGCAUAAUAAUAAAAGUGCCAAUCGUGAUUAAGUGAUAAGAAUGUUCCAUCAUUGUCUUUUCAUUGUUUUGAAAAUCUCGCUGUUCUCCAUGCUAUCUAGUUCCUCAUUGUUGGUGUGUACCUCCGGGAAUUUCAAAAUAAAGACACAAUAGAUUUUUAAAUUAAAAAAACACGUUUAUAUAUAUUUGCAUGUAGUUAUAUUAAUAAUUUUCUCAUUUAUCAACAUUAUUGUGUAUUAGUAUUUUUUGCACAAGUGAACAUAACAAGUCCUACAAGUUGAUUGGUCAAAUUUUACGUAUUAAGCUGCAGGUCGUGAACGUACAGGUGAAUAUAACAAAACCGAAAUUUACAAAAUGGCAGCUAGCCGUUUUGUGGAAGUUACUGAUAAAGAAAUAAGCGAAAUUAAUUAAUUAAAAUAAAUUCAGUCCCAAAAAACACAAAAAAACUUGUGUAAAAAUACUAAAACAAUUACUCGCCGAAGGCGAGGUGAUUAUCGGGGAAUACUCACUAAAUGUAAAUUGCUAGCAUUCAAUUUCUGUUUAAUUAAUUAAAGAGCUGGUGUUAAGUGAACCUUGUGACAAUUCUGUUGCAGGCUUACAAAUUUGACAAGCAGCUUGAUAUCGGCUUGUUGACGCAAUCUUGUAGCACGUCUUUUGCAGGCCUCAAAAAUUUGUGCGUUUUACCAUGUGCGUCUUGAGACGACAUUAUAUUAAAUUAUCCCAGUCGCAUGCUUAGCAUGUAUAUUUACAUUAAAAUCCAAUUCCAUCUAACUAGGGUUGGGGGUCAUUUCAGUGGAAACAUAUUCUCCCUCUUCAAUGUACUUAUCUGACUGUUUCUUAUUCUUCCGUUUCCAUUUGCUAAGAGUAAUGAUUUGCUGUCUGUGUUUGGCCUUCGUUUCCGUAAUGUGGUUGUUCAUUUUUUCCAGAAAUUGAUACACCUCUUGUUUGAGAUCGUUUGUAAUAUCGGGAGGAUCU